GUCCGAGCGUCGGUAUACACCCUCUACAACCCCGUCCGAAAACCCCACCCCGUCGUUGCGACGAGUCGACGCGUCGGUGCACGCGGGGUCUAACCCCUCUAUCUUUGCCAUGCCGACGUCCGCCCCUGGCCCUGGCUAGGAAGCCCAGGAUCGUACACUAUUGCGCCGACGAGGAGCAGCUUCCCUCGCGGCGGAACGAAGUCUGCCCCGUUGCCUUGUUGCUCCCGUUUUACCCGCGGCGCGCACCGACUUUUUCCCUCUACGUCCGACGAAAAGAUCGGGCGCCCCGGUCCUCCUCGGUUGACUCGCGUCUCUUCCGGUUACGAGGUUCCGUCGUCGCGGCGACGCGCGAGAACGUGUGACCGUGUCGCGAUUACACGCCGGUUUUUGGUGAUGAGCUACGGAACCAGGUGAUAACUGCCGGACUUGGAGAUCGAGGAAGCUGGACAUUGGUCUGGGUCACAGGUUCCCAUUUGGAUGGAAACAGUGAGGAAGAAAAGGAAAUAAAUUCUGGUUCCGAGAUCGCUGCGAUAGGAAGCGACGGCCGACGAACAGCAGCCGGAAGAAAACGUCGAACGUUCGGAGGGACACACGCAGCUAUCGUUUAUAAUUAAUCGUACACUCGGAAUGAUUCGCCGAUGGUCGCGGUUGUACGAUUCGAGAUGCUGAAGGAAGUCGGUUGCGGUAGCAGCACGCCCCCGCCAGGGGAUAGCGCCGUCAGCAAUCGACAGCAGGUCGUCGGUACCGGAGAGAACAACAACAACAACAACGACGGCGGCCUCGGCUGCGGAGGUUGCGGCAGGGAGAUAGCCGAAAGAUGGUACCUGAGGGCAGCGGAUCGCGCUUGGCACUGUGGAUGUCUUCGUUGCUGCCACUGCCGGGUGCCACUAGCGGCCGAGUUGACGUGUUUCGCCCGGGACGGCAACAUCUACUGCAAAGAGGAUUACUAUAGGUUGUUCGCCGUUUCGAGGUGCUCCCGAUGUCGGGCCGGGAUCUCUGCCACGGAGCUGGUGAUGCGCGCCAGAGACUUGGUCUACCACGUGGCCUGUUUCACGUGCGCAUCCUGCGGGACCCCGUUGAACAAGGGCGAUCAUUUUGGACAGAGGGACGGUCUUGUCUACUGUAGACCCCACUACGAGUUGCUGUGCUGCGCGGGUGAUUACGCGGGCGCAGCCGGCGGCAUCGAGGACAUCGGCUCGCCGGGAGUGUCACCGCUUCCGGCUUAUUACAGCGCCUCGGAGCAGAGUCCGAUCACCACUUCCGGCACGGUGCAGAAAGGGCGGCCAAGGAAGAGGAAGCUGUCAGAAGUUACCGGGUCCGAGUUGCCGGUGACCAUGAGGCUGGCUGCUGGAGCCCUCGAGCUGCUUCACCCCACCGAACUGUCCUCGUCCAUGGAAUCGUUGACGGCUUACGAAGCAUCUGUCGGAUCGCCCGGCCCGGUGCAUCAGAGCCAGCGAACGAAACGGAUGAGGACGAGCUUCAAGCAUCAUCAGUUGCGAACGAUGAAGAAUUAUUUUGCUAUAAAUCAGAACCCGGACGCAAAGGACCUCAAGCAAUUGGCGCAGAAGACGGGACUCUCGAAGAGGGUGCUUCAGGUCUGGUUCCAAAACGCCCGUGCGAAAUGGCGACGGAACAUGAUGAGACAGGAAGGGAACACGACUACCAGCAACGUGGGAUGUCCCGGAACGCCGGUUCCGUCGAACACCGGCGGUUCGCCGAACGUGGGACCGGCAGCUAGCAUCCUUGGGGACAGCAACAGCAUGCCGUCGACCUCGAUGGAGGAGCUCCACGCUCUUCAUCACCUACAUUCCGGCGUUUCCUCCCAAGUCUCGUUCUCCGAUCUUUAUUGACGACGGCUUGAGAUGGAGGAAGACAGCUACAGCAGCCUCUCCAGCCAUCUUGGAUGAAGGAUCGCGUCCGCGUACCUUCUUUGGGAUCCCGACUCUACAACUUUCGUGUUCCUCUGGGAUACGAUCAUUUUCGAUUGAUCCUUACAUCGGGACAACGGGUAAACGUUAGUCGACGACGCGAGUGCAGAAGAGAAUACGCGAUUCCUCUUCGACGAUGUUAAGAACCGAGGAGCUCUUGGAUGAGAAACCUCUUGGUCGAACUUUAGAUUGUUCCUGCGGUGAGUAAAAAUUCCGAGAUCGUUUCUGAGAGCGUCAGAAAGGAACACAGUCGACCCGAUAAAGAAAUUAGCUACCUGCCGGUUGAUCCGUUAGUUAAUUAAUAAGCGACACGCGAUAAUGAAGACGUUUACAAGCCACUAAUCGCUUACAAACGGUCUCUCCCCGCGCGCUUGUCAAAUCACGGCAAUUAUCGCAUUCGUUCGAGCCGAACUGUUAAACGCGCGUUUCAACGAUUAUGCUUGGGCAAUUCUCGAACGUCAAUUACAGGUAACAAGAACAAACGAGCGUUCAUCGAUCACGGCCGUUCAAUUUACGCGGCGAAACGCGCUUAAAAACGAUCGAUCGUACGAUCGAUCGAUCAACGGCCCAUAAAACGGCGCGUAAACGAACCGACAACACCGAAUAUCCUCUGUAUCAGGUUCUAUCCUCACCUAACAAAUGAUCUGAUCUCAGAAAUAUUUAGCGAGGGAGCUAGCCACGGAAGACGAUCAAGGUUUCACUGAGAAUCGUGAACCACGCUGAACGACGCGACGUUUCAGCUGAAAUCGGAUUAUGUUUAAGUAAUCAGUGAUAAUAAUCAUAGUUCCAUGCACAUCCGAAUUACCAAAGAUAUUCUAGGUGAUAGUUUGUCUCGGCAGCGAGAGCGCGAGUCGGGUCCGGAUUGCACGAACAGGAAAUCGAACGAUCCUCGAAGAAACGGCGUUCCUCGACUCGCGGCCACUAACGAGGGUCGCAACGUAAUUGAUAUAAUUCCCUUCGAGCGUACAAUUACGUUACUAUCAUAUAUAGGAAUUAUUUCGUUUCCUCGAACUGAUCAACGUUUGAUUCUUCCCUCGAACGACUCUCGAAACGAACGGAAGCUUCCUUUGAGGCACGCCGGCCCGGCUUCGGCUCGCUGCCUCACUCCUCCUUUUUAGCCGAGUAACCGUGUCGACGGAGACACUUUUUGAUAACGGGCUUAGAGAAUCGCGAACGAACGAGCGACAGGUGUGGUAAAACGGCGUUCCUCUCCUCGUGCCAAAAAAAAAAAACGUACGUACAUACAAGUAGCUAAGGUAUCAGUUUCUUUGUUUUUACACAGUGCCGGUCGAAUCCAAAGUUUCCGAGGAAUUCUGCUUAAUUUAAUUCCGACUGGCAUUCGUACUUCGCUGCUCCAUAAAGAAAUGGGGUUUGUAUCGAUUGAGGAACGAAUAGAACGGCUUUGGAUUCGAGCGGCACGAUUCGCAACGCGAUCACUCGACCAUCGAAGACACGGCAUGUAUAUUAGAGAGAAGGAAGAGUUAGAUAGAUCGGAAUGUUUUUAGUAAGACCUAUGAAUAGCGAUCGAUAUUAAGUGUGGAGUGUCUUACUAUCUGACCAUCGACGAAGAACGAUGGAGAAAGAAGAGAACUGCGAAAAGAAAAUAAAAAAAAAAACAAACGAAUUAUCGUUUCCGUUGGAACUGACGAAGCGAGAAGAUUCCUAUGACGAGUAGAAGAAAUUUAUUUGUAACGAUCGAGAACUUAUAAUUUUUAUAUAUAUACGUCAUACGUAAUUAUUAGAAAAUGGUAUUUAUCGACUGCUGACGAGAGAUCCAGAGAUCGUCCCAAUGGAAUUCUAAAUCCCACUUUUCAAAUAUCCUCCCCGACCUGCCGAUGGGCAUCUCGUAAAAUAUCGCGGAUUUUCAUACUUCUUUCCAUAUUUUGUGACACGCGACACCCCGGACCGAAAAGCCGAUACCUAUACGCGUUGAGUCGGGGGGGUCAUAGUCUGUAUAGUCAGCGAAAUUGACGGCAGUCGCAUGUUUUAGGCAUGUGUAGGAUAGAUUGAUGAUUUAAUGUACGUCAGCGUUUUAAAAUCGAUGCAAGAAGAAAACAAAGCGAACCAAUUAUGUAAAACUGUAUAGAUACAAAUUAAUGUGCUGCAUUCGAGAGCGAUUAAUAUACGUAUAUAAAAAUAAAUAGUUACGUACAUCUGGA